AUGGCUGCCCUGACCAAAGUAGCCUAUGCUUCUUCCUUGCUGGCUGUGCUCUGGGUCGGCAUCUGCUCUGCAGUUUGCGUUGAAGUGCCAUCGGAGAAGCAGGCAGUGCAGGGUUCACGCAUGAAGCUCAUGUGCAUCUCCUGCAUGAAGCGAGAAGAGGUUUCCGCCAACACGGUGGUCAAAUGGUUCUACAAGGCUGAAGGGGGCCAAGAUAUUCCUAUCUAUGAGUACAGAAAUGAGAAGCGGGAACUUGACAGCCGCUUCCGUGGCCGGCUCCAGUGGAAUGGCAGCGCUGACAUGCAGGACGUGUCCAUCUCUGUACUCAACAUCAGCCUGAAUGAUUCAGGGAUUUACACCUGCAACAUCACUCGGGAGUUCAACUUUGAGGGCCAUCGUCCGCUCUAUACCCGAACGACGCUGAUCCACCUCACAGUACUGGAGGAUGCUGGGGAAGAUGUCACAUCCAUUGUCUCUCAAGUAAUGAUGUAUAUUCUCUUGAUCUUCCUUACUUUGUGGCUGCUCGUAGAAAUGGUUUACUGCUAUAGGAAAGUCUCCAAAGCAGAGGAAGCUGCCCAAGAAAAUGCGACGGAUUACCUUGCCAUUCCAUCGGAAAAUAAAGAAAAUUGUGCUGUGCCUGUGGAGGAAUAAAAGACGAAACUACAAAGGGGUAGAGCUUGUUAUGAAGGACUGUGCAGACGCAAGACCUAAGUCACUGCAGACACGUUUGGAGGAGCCUAGCACCGAGGAGAAGGAGGAACCGUGGAUGAGACAGUGUAAAUUUGUUUCCAUUUGUCUAGGACCUUGCUUUGAUUUCAUGGCUCCCAUCUUGUGCUCUCAACCCAUCUGCCAAAGACUCUCCUCCUUUGAGGCAUGCUGAAUCAAAAGGAGUCGGGGCUGAAAGAGCGCUUUCAUCAGCAUCUUCUCAACAGCUUUGUAAAUACUAACUACUCUCAUCUCUCAUCAAACCUGGAGCUUCCUUUGGGUGCUUUGAAACAUCAUAGCUAUCCUGGGGGCAAUGCAAGCAACAUUUAUUCAACCAUGAUUGUCUUUAAUGUUAAUUUAAUUAUGAUACUACCUGAGCGAUGUCACAGAAAGCUCUUGGGGAAACCAGUCGCGUGGCUGAUUUCUCCAGCAGCAAAUGAAGGCACCAGACAGGUGAGAAACCAGUUUGAGAAGGGAAAGGGAGAUGCUGAAGGAACAUGAUAUUUUAGGGAGAAAUACUAAAUACACAGGGAGAGCUCUGAGGUAAGAGUGACAUCAGAAAGCAUCUUCUGUUUGCUUUAUUUGUGGAUGCCAUACUGUAACAUUUGUGGUACACCAAAGUGUGGAUGAGACAAGUCAAUAGGUUUAGUUGGAUUCUUUUAGAGCAAGCUUUUUGAAUAAUGCCAGCAAGAUGCAGGAGGCAGUGACAGGGAAUGGCUGGACCAGACAUCUGCAUCUGAAAAAAAUAUCUCCUUACUGUUUAGCAGGAUCAAAACAGUGACCAAGUUCUCCCAUGGAAAGUUACCUCAUCUUAGAGAAGACCUCUUAGGAAACACCUCCUCCAUGACAGGCUUUCAGACAGGCCUGGUCUACUCUUUGACGUACUCCAAAUGUUGAAGCAAUACAGACUAUUCCAACUGGACAGAAUUACGCCUUGGAUGAACAUGACAAGCUGUUUCAUGUGUUAAUUGCAGGGCAAUGAAUAAACCAAGAACUUCAUUCA